AUGGCUGAGGCCUCCAGGCUGAGCACCAGCACCCCCAAACCCCCAAAUUCCUCAGUUAUGGAUCAAGCAAGGCAGGAUAGAACCCACCCGUGGCCGGGCCAAGGCCUCCCACCCACUGUAGCACUGAGAUUUGGGGGUGUCAUCCCCCCCCCAACCUUACCCCAGUGCCAGAUCACGCAUCCCAGGACGUGGGGACCGUGCUCCCUAAGGACACAGCACCACAGUGGGCCCAAUGCCACGGCCACACCAAGCCCCCACCCCACGGCCCAGCGCCGGGGCCGUGCGUCAGCACCGCGCCCACGGGACACCUUCCCGGUGAGCUCAGCACCGGCUCGCCCUUCCGGACCACCGCGUGCCACCGGGAUCCUCCUGCGGCACCGCAACCGCUCGGUGCCACCGGGGCUGCGGCACCCAAACCCCGUCCAUUGCCUGCAACGGGCUUGGUGGCCAAGGGGACAGUGUGUGACCAGCGCGGGUGGCCUUGGGGACGGUGACCUUCAGCCGGGCCACGUGCCGGUGCCGGGGCGGACCGAGCCCCCCGGCACUGGGGGUGCCAGCACCGAACCGGUCAGGCCGGUUCCCGCCAGCGCCUCCCCAUCGCGCCGCAUGGCCGCCAGCCCGCCGCCGCCCUCCCCAUGGCUUCCCUGUGCGAGCCCCCAAAACGCCACCGCGGUGACCCCCAAGUGGGGCCCAGCACUAAAACCCCAUUGCGGUGACCCCCAACGGGACCCCGUGUCCCGGGGCCGGACUCACCGCGCUCCGCCGCCGCCGCCCCGGCCCGUCCGUGCCCGCAGGAAGCGGCGGGAGAGCCCCGGGGGCGGGGACUGCGGCCGCCCCGCCCGGGCUGCCCCGUGA